UCACAGACUGUCUCGUAUACACACCUACCUAGCAACUGCAGAACAACACCGUAUCGCCUACUUUCGCUGAGGCCGAGCCCUCUGUGAACAGCCCUCAGUUCACUGCAUUCUGCCUUUCCAGAGCGCCUCUCACCUGUUUCAGUCAAUCAGACUAAUACGAUCGCGCCUCAUCUCGACUCGGACCUUCAUCAACGACAGAAGACAGAAUCGACAUGCUCUGGCAAUUUGUGAUGCAUAUAGCCUUACCUGGGCUCGGAUGCGUUCUUGCGCAGCAGGAUGGACUUCAUGAAUGUCGUGAAUCGGAGAAUCUUUUUAAAUUGGUUUCACCACUUCCGCCCGGCGACCACUGGAGCAACUGUGGAGAGUUUUGUGAUGAGUUAAUCGCGGAUUUUGCUAAACGUUUGGCAAAGGCUGGCCCAGAUAUUUGCCAGUACGUCACGGGCUCUUUUCCCGAUCCCACUUUUGACAAUCCCUAUGGAUGGGUAAGCUGGGAUAUCAUUCUUUACAGACAACGUGGAUUCGACUCGGGUGGUCAGGCAGGCCCCUGCCGUUCGAUACCACUGACCCAAUGUACCUGUGAAGUCAGUGUUGUGCUGCAUCGUACAUACAAAAGCAUCACUUUUGAACCUUCUUAUGGAAGCAGUUCAAAUCCGGGCUCUCUUGCAGGCCUUCUUGCUUCGGGGGUCAGCUGCGAGCUAGAUGACCUUGGAAGCAGGCGGCAAGGUAACCUCCGUCUUCAGUUCCUUGCUGUUUCAGCCGCGGAGGAUAAUCAAGAUGACCGAGAUGAUCAAGGUGACCAGAGUGACCAAAAUCGCCAACACACAUUCUUCAGGCAGGCAGACAUUGCCUGUAGCACUUGGACCAAUCCUGUCCAAUUCCUCGAGCAUGGCAGCCUUCACCUUAUCAAAUUUGGUCACACGGGGCACAAUGACGGUUUUGUCAUGAUUAGCGACCUCAAGAAGUACAAUUCCAACGGGGAACUGGUGUCUUCACGCCGAUUUCAGGUUACACCUCGCCGACUUUAGGUUACACCUCGCUAAUUCAGUGGCAAGCACAUCUGAUACAAAAUAGAAGUACAUCUACACAGUGGAACAUUUGUCGGACUGAAUGCAGCGGCGGUUGUAAUGUGCGCACUCUUCACCACUACAUACUCUGGCGACCGCAUUGUCUUUUGCUCCAAAGAAUUCGCCUAUCGACACCGCUCAGUGCGUUAUUUCUGCUCGCUAUCUGACUUUUUGUCUUCUCAACAACGUCUUCAACAUUGUCCCCUGAUCCGUCUCUUUUCUAUCUCGCAGAUCUGACAUCUCCGCGCCGGCAUCUUUCUAUCUUGUGUCCUCUUCUCUAUCAGCUUCCUCGCUCGAGUCUGAUAGAUAUAAAGGGCCUCCUGCAGACUUAUUCUUUAGUUCACCAUGCUACAGUUUAUCAUCUAC